UGAUCAUGGACGAGGGUCAAAAGUACGCCGGCCCCCAACUCGACAAUCCAAUCCUCCACUAAAGAGGAACAGAGCCGGCGACCCGCAUUCGACCCCAGAUUGGCCUCGGCCUUGAUGGGGAAACAAACCCCAGAAAAAACGAUGGGAUUUUCCCUCCAUCUACCCUCUAAGUAAUCUGGGCCAUUACCGUACUGCUGACUGCUGCUGCAGCAUAGUCUCGCUCUCCCCUACUUCCUCUACUUAACAUUAGCCCGAGCAGCUUCUUAGUUACUUGCUUUCGCUCGAUCAUGUAGCCGAGCUGGGUUCAAUUCGUUCGCAGACAAUCACGCUUUACCCGUUCCUGCGGGCGCCGAUACAAUCCCGACACAGUUUAGUCGAGACCUGCGUGUUGCUGUGUGCGUGUGCGUGCGCGUGUGUAUGUGUGUGUGUGCGUGUGUGUAUUAGUUCACACGGUCCUAUCAAAUGCAGACCGUCCAAGUCUCGCAGGACGGCGGCCUGCAGCUACAACACCAACAUCAACAUCAACAACAAUCACAAACACAAACACAACCACAAUCACAGCAACACCAGAAUCACCACCACCACCAUCAUCAUCAUCAUCAACCACAGCAUCACCAAAAUCGCCGUGCUGAAGACACUCAUCAUAAUUCACGAAGUACGGAAACUGGAGCUGGAGCUGGAGCUGGCUCUGGUACUAUUGAACAUGAUAGCGACGAUGGAAAUGCUCUCAUAAGUGCUGAUGAGAACGACAUCGAAGAAGAUCAUGGAAGUCCUGGCGCUUUACGGAAUGGGAAACGAAAAAGACCUAUUUCAGUUUCCUGCGAGACAUGUAAACAGAGAAAAGUAAAAUGCGACCGAGGUCAGCCAUCCUGCGGUUGGUGUCGCCGUAACUCGGUGAGCUGUGAAUAUCGUGAGCGCAAGAAGCCCGGUCUGAGAGCUGGUUACGGCAGGGAGCUGGAGCAGAGGUUGGACAGGCUCGAAGAGAUUCUGCGGUCUCACUCGGAAAUCUUAAAUACAACCUUCAUAAGCUCAUCCCCUACCCACCACGGCCUACCACCGCCUAGUGUACGGAACAGUAAUCCUAGUAUCCCCAGCGAUCAUGGUACUCCGCGAGAGCCUACUUCUCUCUUCCGUCCUAACGAGUCUUUGCGGACUCCCCAGGCCGAGACGGCUCUAUUCAUACAGAAGCCCAUCUCCUUCUCCGCCGCGGCGCAGGGUCCUGACUUUGGUAUCCCGCCGACAACCUCAUCUAUGCAUUCCGUGAAUGAUGGCUACUCUACCCAUAUACAACCAGCUGGAAUAUCUCCUUCUAGCCAUUUAUCCACCACCUUACAGCCGAGCGCCGCCGCCCAAGAUUAUUACGGCCAGCCACAUCAACAGGCGUUGCCAUCACCUGGGUUAAGUGUAACCCAGAGUCAGACACAGAUUUCUUCGGAGACAGAACUCCCGCCGUAUGAUCUAUUGUACGCGCUGGCCGAUCUAUACUUUAAGCACAUCAACACGUGGUGUCCUAUACUUCACCGGAAGACAACGUUGGAUUCCCUCUUCGGGCCAUCGACACUGGAUGAAGCGGACAGAGUACUGCUGCAUGCUAUCGUAGCCACGACCCUCCGUUUCUCGACGGAUGCGAGACUCACAGAGGAACGAAGACGCCAUUAUCACGAUGUCUCGAAACAAAGAGUUCUCCUCUACGGUCUGGACAACUCAUCCGUGAAAUCACUCCAGGCACUCGUCAUACUCGCCCUCGACCUAUGCGGCAGCAGCAACGGUCCCCCAGGAUGGAACAUCAUGGCCCUGAUCACGCGGUCAGUAGUCCAGUUGGGUCUAGCAGUCGAAAGCAAUUCUCUCUCGGUAUCCCCCCACUACGCAUCCAUCUACACGCUACGGGCCAUGGUCCUUCCCGAACCGAAAGAUUUCAUCGAGGAGGAAUCGAGAAGACGCCUCUUCUGGAUGAUUUACCUAUUAGAUCGGUACGCUACCAUCGCCACGGCAUUUGACUUCGGGCUCGCCGACAAGGAUAUCGACCGCACGCUCCCCUGCCGCGACGACCUCUGGAUCAAGAAUCAGAAGAUCGACACGCGGUGGUUCAACUCCUCCUCGCAAGACCAGCAAUCCCCCCUCGACCACCAGCCCGACCACGAGAUCAAUCGCCCCGAGAACCUGGGCGCGUUCUCGUAUUAUAUCGAGAUAUUGGGCAUCCUCUCCAAGAUCCACCAAUUCCUGCGCAAGCCCGUCGACAUCGGCGCGCUCAACGAUGUCGAGCAAUGGCAGCUGCAGUACAAGGACCUUGACAACAUGCUCUCGUCCUGGAAAUUCGGCCUCCCCGGCGAAUACGGCAACAUGGCGAAGCUAUUCCAGCCCGGGUGCGGGAAGACGCUGAACGCGGGCUGGGUCAUGCUGCACGCGACGUAUCACACGGCCGUCAUCCGAUUGCAUUCCUCGGCCGCGUAUCCGACGACGCGGUCCCCGAUCUUCACGCCCUCGUACAGCGCGAGCCAGAGAUGUCACGGCGCGGUGGAGAAUAUCGCCGCGUUAGGCGAGUUCGUGGUGCAAAACGCCAUGUUGACGAAACUGGGCCCCCCGUUCGCGUUCACGCUUUGGGUCGCGGCGCGCUUGCUCCUUGUCCACGGGUCCACGGUGGAACACAAGCUCGCGCCGCAGAUCGCGUUCCUCGUCGACACGUUGCGGGAGAUGGGGCGGUACUGGCCCGUCGCGGCGCGGUACUGCAAGUUAUUGCAGCGCGUGCUGGACGAGCACUCCGAUAGCGAGAGGGCGGUGGGCCAGACGGGGGAGCGCGUCACGCCGUCCUCGGUGAAGAUCCUCGCCGACAUGCGGCGGACGGCGUUCGAUCUGGACUUUCUGAUCUCGCGACAGCCGAGACAUGUCAUCGCGACGAACGGGAAUGGUGGCGUGGGCGGAGGUUCGGCGGCGAGCCGGAUGCCGAGCGUCACGCCUGCGCGAACGCCCGCGCCGAACGAGCUAGAGUACCUUGACGUUUUCGACUUUUUCAACGUCCCGCGGUUACCCAUGAGUCAUGAGAACUCCGCCGGUCCACCGGGCAGUAGCAGUGGUGGUGUUGGUGGCGGGGAGAAUAUGAAUGUCGAUUCUGGCCUGGUGAAUAAACUCGAGGCUGGUGGGGGCGGGGGUGUGCCGAAUGAGUUUAAUAUCACGAAUUUUAUGAUGGAUGCUAGUAGCGAUUGGCUUUUCAAGGCAACUCCUUGAGAAACAACGGCAACAACAGGGAAACGAAACAAAAUGCUGAAAGGCAAUGGAAUAUGGAAAAGAAGGAUAGGGGAGUUCGUGUAUAUAAUUUAUCUAUCUAUUAUACCUCGCUGGAACUGGGGUGGAAGGUCUACAGUCUACAUGGUACAUACUAAUGGUUAUAGGAAGGGUCUGGUGACGGGGAAUGAGAUGGAUGACUUGUUGCGCGUUGGUAUUCACACCCACAUAGGUAAUUUGAAUAGUUGCCAACCGUUUAAUUUAACAAGCAACUACUCUGACCGAGGCAACUCCAGCCCAUGAUUCAUCCACUCUCCAAAG